CCCCCCCCCCCACACGCAGCGUUUCCGCGUCGGACCGGGAGCCGAGCAGGACCGAGACCGGGAGAGGACCGGGAUAGAGAGCGGAGGGGAACCAGAAGCGGACUCGGAGCGGGAGCGGAGCGGGAGAGCAGGACCGGGUGCGAUCCGGGAGCGGUUGCCUCAGCCCCACUUCCUCUCUGCGAGCGACCGCCGGCGAAGAGAUGCUCUGCGGCAGAACCGUCCCCGACCCCAGCUUCCUUCUCCUGGCCAUUUACACUGUAGCCCUGCUCGCUGGGACCAGGAGUGUCCAUGUGUCAGAUGCCGAGGGGGGAUCUGUGGUGGUCCACACUGCCCCAGAAAAGAUUCGCACUCACCGAGGGUCUUCCGUCACCCUGCCCUGCCGGUACCACAGCGAUGCCGGGAGCGGGCAGCAGCGUGGCAUCCGUAUCAAGUGGAGCAAGGAUUCGGAGAGUCUGCAGAGCACCGACGUCCUGGUGGCCCUGGGCGAGGUGCAGAAGGUGUUCGGGGAGUUUGGGGGGAGAGUGCAACUGCGGGAAGACACGGAGGGAGACGCCUCGCUGAUCAUGCGUAAUCUCACACUGCAGGAUGACGGCAGAUACCGGUGUGAGGUCACGGACGGACUGCAGGAUGCACAAGGAAUCGUCACGCUGAGCCUGGAAGGUGUGGUCUUCCCCUACCACCCGCGCCAGGGGCAGCAGACGCUGAGGUUUGCAGAUGCCAAGGCAGCGUGUGCGGGGCAGGACGCGACGCUGGCCUCCUACCAGCAGCUGCAGCGGGCGUGGGAGCAGGGCUUGCACUGGUGUACAGCGGGCUGGCUGAGCGACGGCUCGGUUCAUAUCCCCGACCCCUCGCCACAGCACAAAUGCGGCACAUCCGAGCACACCGGCAUCAGGAACUACGGAUACCAACACAAAGACGACCAGCGAUACGAUGCAUUCUGCUUCACCUCCACCCUGAAAGGGAAAGUUUAUUUCCUGAAGACAUUACGGAAGCUGAGCUACGGUGAUGCGGUGAGGGCGUGCGAGAGGCAGGCUUCCAGCAUCGCCAAGGUCGGGCAGCUGUACGCGGCCUGGAGGCUGCAGAGACUGGAGCAGUGCCGGCCCGGCUGGCUGGCGGACGGCAGCGUCCGCUACCCCAUCGUCAGACCCAGGGCCAGAUGCGGGGGCAGCGAGCCCGGGGUCCGCAGCUUCGGCUUCCCCGACAGGAGGCACCGCCUGUACGGAGUCUACUGCUUCAGGAAGAGGGAAUGAUGGA